UGGCCGUUUGCUGUUUUAUGGGUUUUCCCCAUUUUCCUUUCAAACUUGUUUUUUGUUUUUCAGGCAAGACGUAUCAUCGGUGAUUUUUCAAUUGCCAUAGCGAUUAUUUUAAUGGUACUCCUUGACUACGGAAUCAGCAACAUAUACACAACAAAAUUACAGGUAUCCUCAGGUGUGGGAGAAGCAGGAUUCCUCAUUCAUCAUCCAAUGGGAACCAAGGAUAAUCCGAUGACAGUCAAGAUGAUAUUCUCUGCUGCCAUUCCAGCUUUUAUGGUCUUCAUUCUUCUGUAUAUUGAAAUUCUGCUCACUGGGGUUGUUGUAAACAAGAAAGAAAACAAACUAAAGAAAGGCUCUGGCUACCACAUAGAUCUCUUAAUUAUGGGAUUUCUGUCAUUUUUUGCUGGACUCCUAGGUUUGCCGUGGAUGUGUGCAGCGACUGUACGCACCGUGUCGCAUGUAGGCAGUGUCAGUACUUUCAAUCAUUCAUCAGCACCUGGCGUCAAGCCAAAACUGGAGAACAUCAAAGAACAACGCGUAACAGGGUUUAUGGUUAGCUUUUUAAUAGUUUCAAAAAGGUGA